AUGGCGGAUGUUGCUGUUUAUCAUGGAGAUGCAAAAGGCCUUGAAGUUGUACCUAACGAGCGAUAUAAUCAAUUUCUUAAUAUAUGGAAGUUUAUGAGCUCACGUAUUGAAGUUCAACUUAGGUUUCUUACCAAAAAUGUCUUCACUGAUGUUUCGAAGGCGAGUCAUGUUCACAACACUGAUCAAAUCCCAACAGCUGUAUUACUAGCUGGUGUCAAUACUCCAGACCAUUCAGUAAUUUACGGUCAUCUCAAAAGCCUUGUGUUGGAGGAUAAUGGACAUGUGGCUGUUAUCAGCCCAGGCGCUAACACAACUAGUGUACGCAGCCUAGUAGUUACUGAAAAAUUUCACUCCAGCUACCUGCUUCUCUAUUUGGCUUUAAUGGAGUGGUACUAUUCAAGGACACAAAACUGUUCUGGCUUGUUUGAACCCUCAGGAGAAUUUAAAACACCAGCACCACUUACUACAUCUCCUGUGGAUUCCAACGCAGUAUCAGUCAGGCGGGACAGUACUGAAAACACUGUAAAAAGUGGACUUGUCGACAGUGUAUCAACAUCUUUAGAGUUGGAAAAGUUUUCAGAUCCAAAACAAAAGUUAUCACUUAGACCUCUGGUCAUUAUACUUACCGAAAUUGAAUCAAUUCCAGUUCAGGUUUUAUGCGACUUUAUCGAAUUGACGUCUCUUUAUGCGGCUGGUCAGAUCAGAGGUCGUUCUUAUGCCUUGCCAAUAAGUUUUGUUUUCGGUUUAUCGACAACUCCUGAAACUGUAUUCGAAUCACGUAUUAAUGCAUCCACACUAAGUCGAUUGACAAUUCGACGCUUCACAGUUCCUCCACCCUCCGCAUUCUUAGAAGUUGUAAUGAAAGAGAUUAUACAAUUUCCUGGUGUACAUCCUACUUAUUCCGUUCUAAGUUAUUUGAUUGAUGGAAUAUUUCUGUGUUUAGAUUAUUCUGUAAAGAAUUUCUUGCAGCGUUUAAAAUUUUGCAUGUUAGAACAUUAUUUGAAAACACCACAUCCUGAACUGUUACUCCCAUAUGAAUCGAUGCAUACAUAUCUUACUUCAUUGACUUAUCGAGAAUUGACUCAAAUUGUAUGUAUCGAUUAUCCUUCAUUGGCUGAUUGUCAUCUGAAUACAAUGAAGACAAGGACAAGUUCUAUUGGUACUGCUGAUCCAUCAUCAUCAUCAUCACCUAAUCUGUCUCCACGUUCAUGUGAACGUAAAUUGAACACUUCUAACAGCAAACUUGUCAGUAAGAUUAUGCAAUAUUUAAAUUCACAUUUACACUUACAAUAUCUUAUUCCACAUUUAUUGAAUUGGUUAUUGGCUAUUAUAACACCAGUAUCUGUUCGACCAUUGGGAAAAAAUAUUGGAGAUUUGUAUCGUUUAUGGUUAAAGAAUGGGUUAGCCAGUUCAGAAGAAUUCAAUUUGACAAUGAAUCUUUUAGGUGGGAUAUCUAAAGAAAUGUUUGUCAAUUCUGUACACAAUGCUUAUACAUAUUUAGUGAAAGAAUCUACUUGUAUAAUACAGUCUUCAAAUGUUGCUUCUUUAUGGCCACGAUCAAUUGAAUUAGAAGCUCAUAAGAGUUUAAACGAACUUGCAGAUGCCACUCUUUCAUGGCAUACAAAACUGUCAACAGCUAGUCAAGAAACAAUCAAUAAACAGUCACAGUCAGCAGAUUGUGAAAUGUCUACCCCUCGUCAAACACCACCUCUACCAAGUAAACCUAUUGGAUUUGAUAAAAAGCGUAAAAUAAGCUUACGUACUUUACGUCAGCAUCUUCAAGAGUAUGCAGCAUCUUCACCAAGUCAUUCUGAUGUUAUUUCUUCACCAUGUGCUCAUAAUAAAACAGAAUGGGAUAUGACACGUAAAGAAUUUCUGAGUUGGAUUCAGACGAAACUGAUUGAAUUGAUACCAUGGGCAAACAAAUUGCCUUUACACGAAGUUUUCUAUGGUCCUCCACUGGAAUAUAAUCCACCCUCUGAUCAGUCAAUUCAUUCACAGUUGGCGCUGUCAAUUCGACGUCGGUUAAAUCCUCCACUUCAACGUUGUUUACAUCAAGCACUUGUGAAUCCUGGAAUUUAUUUACAGAUACCUGACUUCAAGUUGUCCAGUUCAAGUAAUAUCUCAUCGAAAUUGUUCGAUCUUUGCAUUCUAUAUAAACUACUGAUUGAAACGUCAAGCAUGGUCAACUUGUAUGAUUGGUUACUAGCAUUUGCAACUAUACUGGGUGAGAAAGUUGAUAUGAAUAAUCCUCCAUCUCAAGAAGUUCAAUCUCGUUUCUUACAAGGAUUGGCAGAAUUACAGUUAUUAGGUUGUAUUAAAUCAACUCGGCGUAAAACUGAUCAUGUGAUACGUUUAACAUGGAUUACUGGAUUAAUGUAA